AGUUAGUUUUCCUCUUAAAUCAAAAUGAACUCUUGCUGGAGAACGUUUGUGGCUAUCGCUCUCAUCUGGGCAAGUGAAGUGUUUCUAGUGCACGCGGAUGGCAAUUCGACUGCUGAAGAAUCGACGACUCCAAAAGUAACACAGUCUAAUGAAGCGACACCUCCCAAGGCUGAGGUCGAAUCAACCCCACUUCCACCCAAAGAGCAACUAUCUAAUAAUGAAGAUAACGAGGAUUUGCUGGGCGAUACCUACCAACCAACCCAGAACUAUUGUGAUCCAAGUUUGUGCGAGAACAAAGCACAUGUAGCUUGUGAACGACACAAAAAGGGCAAAUUAAUAUCUGAUUAUUAUAGCAAAGCAUGUCCCAGGGCUGCACGUUGGUUGCCCUUGGAGAAUGACACCAAGACAUUGAUACUGGACACCAUAAAUGGGAUGCGCGAUAAGGUGGCACAUGGUGGAUUCGAUGCCUUUCUGCCCGCUAUUCGCAUGGCCUCCGUGCAGUGGGACGACGAGUUGGCGUACUUAGCCAAGCACAAUGUGCUCAAAUGUCGAUUGCAUCGCGAUCAUUGUCGCAAUACCGCCAGGUACAAGAAUGUUGGACAGACGGUUGCCUUUCGUGAAGUGCGUCCCGGGAGAGGUGACACGACCGAUACAGCCAUUGUUCGUAUGAUCCAAUUGUGGUUCAAAGAGCACGAAGUAGCGACAAUGGCUGAUAUGGAAGCGUAUAAAGGCAGACAUGGUCGACCUAGAGAAAAUUUCUAUCAACUGAUGAUGGAGAAUUCCCACAAAGUGGGUUGUGCCACUUUGCUGCAGAUGAAGAAUGGUUGGAUGAAAUGGUUCUUAUGCUGUAAUUAUGCUCACGGAGCAACCCUUGACAAGCCGAUCUAUAAGUCGAGCCUUAAAUCUGGCAUCGGCUGCCAAACAGGAAAACAUCCUGAAUAUGAGAAUCUUUGCUCCCCGGAGGAACCUUACGAUGAACAAACUGCGUCGACAAAUUCAACUACAUCCCCAAAUUCAGCUGUGGUUAAAAGUAGAACCAACAAUCCCAGUCCAGAGGAGGCAACUGCUGAGACAGCUAAUCCAGAUGAUCGCGUAGUAACAACUGGUUAUCAGAAUGAUACGCAGAGUCUCGCUGGCCCAAAUAAUCUUUCUGGCAACAAAAGAUUUCUUAACAUUAACAUUAAUGCUAACAUUAACAUUAACAUUGGUCUUGUUAACAUUAACAUUGGAAAGCGCUCGUCUGCCAAGGAGCGACGAGUUGAGAUCAUCACCAGUAACCACGAAGUAGACGUUGAGGUCAUACCAGAAAAGUACCAACAAAUGGAGCGAAUGGUUCGACGAUCCAAUCGCUUAAGAAGUGCCAAGCGCAAACAUGGUGCAUCUCAUCAUGCACAUCAUGGGAGAGCAAAGCAUUAAAGACAUAUUUCGAUGACACAAUAAUCCUGUUAAACACAUUCGAAUCAAUUUAAUAACAACGCCUGUAAAUAAAGAAAGUUACUAUCAUUUGUUGACUGUAAUAGACCCUUCACUGAUUAUCAAAGU